AUUCAAGAGGGGCACCUCAGAGACGAGCAAGGUCCAAUUAGCUUCUCGGGUUGGUUCCGAAGCCCAAUCACUCACUCACUCUCUCCUUUUGCCACACACAAGAUCUCACUCCGGUCAGCUCCGAAGCUCGGAGCGGCACUCUGCCGAUCCGUGUUCACCGUCACAUAGCUGAUAUAUAUAAGACAAGAUGGCUACCGUUGAAGCAGACAAAGUGGUGGUGACCCCUGAUGUCAAAAACGAGUUAAUCAGUACUGACAAGAUAGUGACCCUUGUAGAAGACAAAUUGGUGGUGACCCCUGACAUAAAAAAUGAGUCAACCAGUAUUGAUUCUCAACCUACCAAUGACCUAGCAAAUUCUGAAACUUUGGCUAACAGUAGUGUGGAAAAUUCCAAGUCUCAGGCUGACACGGAUCUCUCCAAUCCCAAAACAAAGCCUGACGAAGGACUUCCUGGAUCUGAAACACUGGUUACUAGUAGUGAUAUAAAUGAGUUGGACGACAACAAAAAAUCUUCGUACAAUGAACUAGAGAAUUCGGAAUCGCUACCUAACAGCCAGUUGGACUCUGCUGGGGCUCCACACAGCAAUCAAACUGUUGAUUCAGAGGCAAUGCCUGACCAUUUGUCAGUCAACUCUGAAGCACUGCCUGAUGACAAGCUUCUUAGUUCUGAAAUUACUCUUGAUAAGAACCCUACUCCUGAGGCACCACCUAGCAACCAGGCGAUCAAUUCUGAGGCACUUCCAAACAACGCUGUGGUUACUUCUGAAAUUCAGACUGGUAAUGAUGUGGUUGUAUCUGAAACACAAUGUGGCAACGUGGUGGUUGUAUCUGAAACACAGCACAGUGAUGAGAUGGUUGUGUGCGAAACUCUGCACAGCAAUGAGAUGGCUGUAUGUGAAACCCAGCACGGCAAUGAGGUGAUUGAAUGUGAAACACAGCACAGUGACGAGUUGGUUGUAUCUAAAACACAUUGUGAUGAUGAAGCAAUUUUGUCUAAAACUCAUCAAAGCAAUGAAGUAGUUAUGUCUGAAACUCAGCAAAGUAAUGAAGCGGUUAUGUCUGAAACAAAACCCAGCAAUGAGGAGUUCAUCUCUGCCCCACAUCCCAGCAGUGAGGCUGUCAUGUCUGAUACGCAGCUUAGCAAUGAGGCAGUCAUCUCUGAUACACAGCCUUGCAAUGAGGUAGCCUUGUCUGACAUACAACCCAGCAGUGAGGUAAGCUUGUCUAACACACAACCCAUCAAUGAGACUGUCAUGGGCGAAGCCCAGAUCAGCAACAAUGUGGUCAUAUCUGAAACUCUGCCCGGAAAUGCGUUGGUCAGUUCCACAACAGAUCCCAACAGUCAUCUCUCCCAUCUGAAAACUUUUCCUGAUAAUAAUCAGUUCACUAAUUUCCAUAUGAUUCCUGAAGAUCAGCUGCCUCAACCUGAAUCGCUGCCAAAUUCUGAACCCCCAGUUAGUUGUGAACCACUGGCAGACAGUCAUCUCACAGACAUCAAACCAGUACCCCCUAAUCAUUUGCCUGAAUAUGAUACAUUUCCGAACAAUCAUGUGGAACAUUCUGAGGAACUGGCCAACAAUCAGCUAACUAACUCUGAAACAUUGUCACAUGAUCAGCUAGCCAACUCCCAAAUGUUGACUCACUAUGAGCUGACAAAUGGUGAACCCGAGCACCCCAAUCAGCUAAUCAAUUCUCAAGCUCACUAUGAGAAAGUCAGCAGUAACACCCUUCCUAGAUAUGAGAUUGUGAGUGUUGAAACUCCACUUAACAAUGUGGAACAUAUCCCAGAAACGCAGCCAAUUAAGAGGAGGAAAAAGAAGUCUAUAGUCUGGGAACACUUUACCAUAGAAACAGUCAGUGCUGGAUGUAGAAGGGCAUGCUGCAAGCAAUGCAAGCAAAGUUUUGCCUAUAGUACUGGUUCAAAAGUUGCUGGUACCAGCCACCUUAAAAGGCACAUUGCCAAGGGAGCGUGUCCAGCCCUUCUGCAUAAUCGAGAUCCGAAUCAAUCAACUCCAUAUACUCCACGCUCAAGGGGAAAUGGUGCUGGCAGUGUUAGCUAUACACCAAAGAGACGGUAUAGAUCCCCUAGCACUCCUUAUAUAAUUUUUGAUCAAGAUCGUUGUCGCCAGGAGAUUGCUAGGAUGAUCAUUAUGCAUGAUUACCCCCUUCACAUGGUUGAGCAUCCAGGAUUUGUCGCAUUUGUCCAGAAUCUGCAGCCCCAGUUCAGUAUGGUCACAUUUAACACCAUUCAAGGAGACUGUGUUGCAACAUAUUUGAUGGAAAAACAAAACCUUAUGAAGUACUUUGAGGGAUUAUCAGGGCGUGUUUGUCUGGCACUGGAUAUCUGGACCUCAAGUCAAUCUGUAGGUUAUGUGUUUAUUACAGGACAUUUUGUUGAUAAUGAUUGGAAGUUGCAGAGGAGAAUUCUCAAUGUUGUGAUGGAACCAUACCCUGAUUCUGACUCUGCUAUCGGCCAUGCUGUAGCUGUCUGCCUUUCUGAUUGGAAUUUGGAGGGCAGGCUGUUUUCUAUCACUUGUAAUCAGGCACUGACUGAAGUUGCCCUUGAAAAUCUCAGACCUUUACUCUCUGUGAAGAAUCCACUUCUCCUCAAUGGGCAGUUACUAAUUGGAAAUUGCAUUGCCCAUACCUUAAGCAUUGUUGCAAAUGAUUUGUUGAGCUCAGCACAAGGCAUAGUCAAUAAAAUCCGGGAAAGUGUAAAGUAUGUGAAGACUUCAGAAUCACACGAGGAAAAAUUCCUGGAGCUUAAGCAGCAACUUCAGGUCCCCAGUGAAAGGAGCCUUUUUAUUGAUGACCAAACCAAAUGGAAUACAACAUAUCAAAUGCUAGUUGCAGCUUCUGAACUAAAGGAAGUGUUUUCUUGUUUGGACACUUGUGAUCCUGAUUACAUGGGAGCUCCAUCUAUUCAAGAUUGGAAGCUUGUUGAAACCCUCUGUACUUACUUGAAGCCCCUUUUUGAUGCAGCAAACAUUCUUAUCACAACAACUCGUCCCACUGCUAUUACCUUCUUUCAUGAAGUUUGGAAAUUGCAGUUAGAUCUAGCUCGCGCUGUGAUGAACGAGGAUCCUUUCAUUAGCAACUUCACUAAACCUAUGCAAGAGAAGAUUGAUAAGUACUGGAGAGAAUGUAGUCUGGUUUUGGUGGUUGCUGUUGUUAUGGACCCUCGAUUCAAGAUGAAGCUUGUCGAAUUCAGUUUCACAAAAAUCUAUGGUGAGGAUGCUCAUAUGUAUAUCAAGAUUGUUGAUGAUGGAAUUCAUGAGCUGUUUCAUGAGUAUGUAGCCCUUCCCCUGCCACUGACUCCAGCUUAUGCCGAAGAAGGAAACAUGAAGGUGGACGGAUCCCCAGGAGGAGCUACGUUGGCAGAUAGUGGUCUCACAGAUUUUGAUGUCUACAUCAUGGAAACUACUAGCCAACAAAACAAAUCUGAAUUGGACCAGUAUCUGGAAGAAUCAUUGUUGCCACGCGUCCCAGAUUUUGAUGUAUUAGGUUGGUGGAAGCUAAACAAACUCAAGUACCCUACUCUUUCCAAGAUGGCCAGGGACAUAUUAUCCAUUCCAGUUUCUACUGUCCCUUCUGACUCUGUAUUUGAUAAGAAAAGCAAAGAGAUGGAUCAGUAUCGAAGUUCCUUGAGACCAGAGACAGUGGAGGCCCUUGUAUGUGCCAAGGACUGGAUGAAGUAUGGAGCAGCUGAUGCUUCGAAUUUGCUUGUAAAAAUGGAAUACUAGAUUUUAGGUUGUACUCUGUAUGAUAUGAUGGUAGGUUCUCUGGUAUUUUUACAUUUUGCUCUUAGUUCUCUGUUAGGCUAUAUUUUGUAACAUUAAUUUUUUUUUCUUUUGAUAAUUGGAUGUCAAUAUUUAAUUUCUAGUGAACCUUUGGUUUUAGUCCUUUAGAUGCUAAAAUAGAUCUGCCUUUCUGUGACGCAUCAUUGCAAGUUGUGAAUAUACUAUUGGAAAAAAAGAUUCCAUGAGGAUUCAGGAGUUGAAGAUGAUGGGAUUGGGCUGGUUUUGCCCCAAAUGAAAUAGGCAUAAUUCUGAGGUGUAUCACAUAUGAAGUCUGCAUCCUGUUGCCUACCAUAUCAAAUAUGCUUCCCAGCCUGCAAUAGUGCGCUAAUUUGCUGCCUUUUAAUUUUUAAAAUUUUCUUUUGGCUUCUGACAUGUCUGUGCGGACUGAAACACUUGCAAGAUAGCCCCCGACUGUAUCAAUAAACUGAUAUAAAAUAAGGAAAUAUAUAAGAGUAAACAGGACAUACAGUUCUUGAGCAAUGUUUUCAAUUUUCAAAACUGAACUGAUAGUUGAACAAGUAUGGAGAGAGGAUCAAUACCAAGUCCAUCUACAGCUGCCAUGAGGAGGCAAAGAAAGCCCAGCUUACCCACACUUGCACUGGUUUCCAUGACUGGUCCAGUGGUGGAUGAUAAAAAGGAAAGCAAAAGCAUUCUGGUAAGUGGAUAUCCUAAUUCGUUAGGAAAGCAAGAGCAUCAAGUCAGUGCACAUCAUAAUUUGUUUCUCCCAUUAUAUUUGGCUGUUUCCUACUACUUAAGAGAAUUGGGUAUGCAGAGUAUCUUACCUGGUCUUUCUGCUCUCUGUUCUCGAGUUUUAAAAUCCAUCGUCAACAUUUUUUGUCCCAAGUUAAUGGGGCUGGAAACAUUGAGCCCGUAAGGUCCUUUAGUCACUUGCAAUGCAUUGAGGCAUAGGAA